AUGGUACCACGGUUUAAUGCUAGAGCGCAUAUACCUGUGAAGGUACUGCUCAAUAGCAGUUCGCGCCCCCUAAUCGGCCUCCGCCGCCCCAUAUCCAGCAAGCCUCCGUACCGACAUGAUUCCCGGCUUGUACAGCCAGACAGUCCCGGUUGCCAAGUGCCUCAAGCCCGACCCUUCGCCAUUGAACGCGUUGGAGGGCGGGAAUGUCAUAUCUCGUGGGCGGAGGGGGGCAAGGCGAAAGUCAAGAGGGAGUGGAGAGACGUCGCAGACCCCGACGCAACAGCCGGGAAGGUCGCCGUUCCAACGAACUCAAUAUCCGGUCGCGUCUCUUCAUGGUUCGGGCAAAUGUUCCUCCCCACCAACUACCCGCAGUCCGUGCAUCGUUCGUACCUCCCCUUCCACAUCCUGCAAGCCUUCGAGACGACGCUCGCGACUAUCACGUCUGUUCUUUGCAACCAGGCGCUUCUCACAUCCGUCGGCGUGUCGGCCGAGGGCAGCGUCUUUGGGGCAGUUGCCGUGCAGUGGAUCAUCAAGGACGGCGCGGGGGAAAUUGCAAAGCUCUUCUUCAUCCGACACUUCUCGCCAUACUUCGACAGCCACCCCAAGGCGUUCACACUUCUUGGAGAGGCACUCACUUGUUUGGGGAGUGGAAUGAUGAUCGCGAGUGUGCUGGUAAAACCGUCCCCGGUGAAUUUCUUGCUUUGCGCCGCGGGCGGGAACGUCUUCAAGUUGGUGGGGAAUGCGAUUUGGUUUACGACUCACAUCAAGUUUAUUCGGUACUUCUCCAUGCAAGGGAACGAUGGAGAUGUCGCAGCAAAGGAUGAGUCUCAGGCGUCGAUUGCGCAACUCGCAGGGUACGCCUCAGGCAUUGGUCUGUUGACGUUCUCGCACGCGCCAGCAUACCUCUAUUCCAUCUUCUUCCUCGCGGUCCCGAUCCAUCUCGUGAUGACUGGGCUGAUGAUGCGCGUCGCGACAUUUGAGUUGUUGACGCUCCCUCGGGUAAGUCACCUCGCGCGGUCUUACGUCGCCACAGGCGAGGUCCAGUCCCUGGACCAGCUCACUCAAAGCGCUGCAACGGGGAUGUUCGGCGAGUUCUACAAGGGCAAGGCAGAUCACUGGCUGACGCUCGCACCGCGCGUACAAGACGUGCUGAGCUCGGGUUCCGACAUCGAUCGAAUGCGAUGGGAGACCGCCUCGCGCGUAUUCCAGGACGAUCGCUAUCUGCUCUUCCCGCAUGACACUCCUCGAGGACCGGCCGUGGCCGUCUUCUACCAUCCGGACGCGACGAACGGUGACAUGCUUCAGUCCAUCUUCCACGCGGCGGUGGUGCGCAAUUCGCUGGAGCAUGAACGAUCUUGGCCAGACCCCGCGCCUCACGAAACGCGCAUCCAGGCCCCGAGCCCAUCCGAGGAGAUUUCUCUGUUGUCUGACGUCUUGACUGAAUCUCGAGCUCACGCAAGCAAGGGAUUCCCGGCGUUCAAGCAGGCGUUGAACGACCAAGGGUGGAUGACGGAUGAGCUCUGUUUCGCAGACCUUGGCUACCGCGUUGUAUGGAAGCAUUGA